CUGUCUGCACUAGCACGGCACCAGUGCAGUUAAAAAGAACAAAUCUCUUGUCACUGCGUACACCGGCAAUAUUGUAUAUGUUCAUUUAUAUAUACCGUUGCCCGAGGAUCAAUAUUGUUAUGGCGGAAUAGAAGGAGCGGUUCCGCACGAGGGUGGCAUCCAGCGGGCCCCGAGAAACACGGGCGAUCCUUGACAGCGUGAAACCGGGUGACAGACAGUACUCGCGACACUGCAUCGACACAGAUAGUCACCAUGGCGAAAGAAAUGAUGAUAGUAUUUGUUUACGACACUGCAAAGUGUUGUAAAGAGGAAGAUGAUCCUGCAGAAGCAGUUAUGUACUUUCAUCCGGCUUGGGUAUCACUCACACAAAGACUGGCUUUGGCGGGGCAAUUGAUGGGUGUGUACCACUUUCUAACAACGUCGUUUUCAGCGCCACGCUCCAUCACGUUGCAAGGUGGAAAGUUUAUGUUGAAGAAGUUUGGGCAAUAUGUGUUGGCUGUGGGGACUGAUAGAAAUAUACAGGACUGGAUACUCGAGAGACGCGCCGACACUCUGGAAUCCUUGCUGAAAUUCUUUCACUGCGACCUCGCCAAGAUACUGGAAUCCCUCAAUAACGAUCGCAAUAGAUUCACUGAAAAAUUGUAUCAGAUGUUUGAGACUUAUCUGCCAAUUCUUCAACACAGUGCCAAUCUAUUUUCCAACAUUCCUAUUAUUAAACUUCCAAAGAGUGCCAGUAACAUAUUUCUGGAAUCGAUGCAAGUGCUACAGCAUUGUCAAGAGAUAAAUGGUGUACUGGGCGGAGCAUUGUUCUACAAUAACAAGGUUGUCUCAACGCAGCUGGACGCAGAUUUAACGAAACAAAUUGUCAUAACGGAUCCUUACAGGAUAAAGGCUCCCGCGGAAAGGAUAUCCACGGAAUUUCACUUGCCGAUCGGUGUUCAAUUGUUACAAGUGUACAUAGAGCGAAAGCAGUUCACGAAGCUGAUGCAAGAGACGAAUAACGAGCGAUAUUACAAUUCGUGUAUAGAUACUGUGACGAGAAAGAUAUUGCAGAGGAAAAACAUGUCUAAGAGCGGCGUCAAAGAGCCGCUCAUCAUGUCCGGCAUGAAGCGGGAUACGUCGCGUAUCUUCACUGUUCCCGAGGAAGGCGAGUUGGAUUCCACGAAUUACCCACCGGCGCCGCAGUAUGUGCCGUCGGUGCCGCUCGUGGGCAGCCACGAGUCGCCGAUUAGGCGCAAGCAAGAGAUGAAAUCGGAGCGUGCCAAGAGCACCGCCAUCGUCAAUCCGCUCACGCCCAGCGUCUGCGCGACGCCGUUGAAGGAUGUGGAUCGGAUACUGCUUGGCAAUGCCAUGCUCAUCUGUUCGUCCGAGAGCGGCGGUGAGAACGACGAACAUCGAAGCACGUCGAAAGACAACGACGACGACAUCCCGGACGUCGUGAAAGAAGCACUCAGGUGCAAACGGCUGAACAAGUUGAGAAAUACCACGUCGAAGGAGAAGCUGAUGAAGAGGAAAGAUCCCGACAGGAAGAGUGUGAGCCUGCCAGAUUUGACAUCAUCAGUCAAGCAGCACCUAAACGGUAUUCCUAGAACAUACCAACCGGAGCUGGAUCAAAUAUGCAAAUUCAGCGAGGCUUCUCCGGAUAAUCUCGACUCGAACUCAUCUCGGCGGACGCUCGGAAGAGGCAAGCGGCACUCGCGCACCAUAACCGACCCCUGCUAUCCUGUCUUCCGAUCCGACGGUCUACCGGUCUCGCAGUCGUUGUACGAGCAGUACGUCGCCACGCACUGCGAGGAGCUGUGCGACGACGGCAACGACGGCAGCGUCCGCGGGCAUCGCGGCGACGACGGCAGUUUUCAAUUGAGGAAUUUGUCCAGCGAGUUGACGAGCAUAAAAUUUCCCGCAAACAGCAGCGCGGUCGCGAAGGACGAACGCGCCAAGCCCGAUCACUCGUACGAAAAGAGCAAGCAGGAGACGUACAAGAGAUCGAUGAGUCUGCCGUUGAAGCCGCUCAACGUCGUCACCGAGGUGCAGAACAGCGACGAUUGGCGGAAAUCGACGUCGGAGUGCGGCGGGAGCUCGUACGACUUCCCGCAGAGGCGGAAGCUGGACGGUCUGCAGUUGACGCCGCUGAUGUCGAAACUGAGUCUGCUGGCCGACGAGCGGACCAGCGGGUUCUGCAGCCGCGAAACCACGCCGAGUGAGUUCCGCGAUCUCUCGGGAUUCUCCGGCGGUAUCACGACAACGACGACGACGACGACGACGACGACGAAUCAGCUUAUCAGGCAGAAGCUGGAGUCGGUCGAGAAGGAGACGAGCGACGGCGAGGACGAGCUGGACGAGGACUGGAUCAACAAGGACGAUUCUGCCGCCUGCCUCGAGAAGACCGAGCUGUUUCUCUGCGGUUAUCAGAAUAUGGUAUUGGUAUUGCUGAUGGAAAACGGCACCGCGAAUAAUCCGGACUUGAUACACGCUUUGUGGCGCACUUGCGUAAGCACGUUAGAUAAGCUUGAAUCGCGACUGCAGCAAUGUCUGGAACCCUUGCCGUCGACCGAAAACAAGGAGUUGUACAGUAUUUUGAGCGUAGAUCCGCAGUGGGACACGGUGCAACGUUUCGGACUUUGGGGCGUCACCGAGUUGGACAUUGUGUCCUGCCUCCACGACAGGUUUACGCGAGCCAACAGUUUGACGGACAUCAUCGUCAGAACGGAAGAUACGGUGGUUUACGGGAAUCAGUGCGGUGGAGUGGAAGUGUUUUAUCAACAAGCAGUAGCACCGGGUGCUUUCGCGGCACUGCCGACGCCGACGGAUCUCAUGGGCAUCGUGGCCCUCAAGGCGAAGCGUCGAUUGGAAAGAGACCACGGAAUUGUGUUGCUGUAAAUUCAGGCUUGCCGUCAUUGCUUCAUUUUGUAGGGCAAAGUGGAAGAUAGCACGUACGUUUGAACAAUCUCACUCGUUUGUCCCCGAAAAUUGUGCGCGGGGACGAUGAAUUUUUAAAACCUUCAUAUCCUUGCAUUACGCGAGAAAGGAGAACUUUCCAUUGCUUUCGAUCGAAACGAGAUCGUUUCAACGAUGGGAAACAUUUUUCUACGUGUAUUUUUGUAAUAUGUAAUUUUUCAACGUACCAAAGCAUAAAUGCCGGGAGAAUUGGCUACGAAGAGCUUUCACAUCACUGCAGCGUAUUUAUAUUAGGUAUUCCAACUACUGAUCACGGACUUUUUUACAAUAGCGAAUUGCCGAUCAUCCAGUUUGUAUUUUACGAUUUCAUCAUUCAUUGUGCAGAAUGAACAUUUGUAUAUAUAUAUUAUAUAUAAGAUGUCUUAGAAUUGAUGGAAGACAUAGCGUUUUGAAAACUUGGAAGUAUUUUUUUUUAUAUUUCUAUCAACCAAUGUGUAAUGAAGAAUUUCAAUGGCUUCUGAGGUAUAAAUCAUGAAAAUCAAAUGGAUUAAACUUCAGAGGCAAAGUCAGUACAAUUUGAAAUCAGUUUUAUUUUGGAUUUAAUUCAUUACAAUUCGUAUUAUAUCUUUCAUGAUUGUAUAAAAUAAUUUUCUAUUAUUUAUAAAUUAUGCAUACAGAAUAUUGAAACGGGGAAAGUUGUUACGGAGAGUUGCGAAGAGAUAUCAUAUUAAAAUUUGGAAGAUCGCUGAAAAUUAUGACUAUUUUAUUAAGAUUGAUUCCAAACUCAAGAAACAACUCUGUAUCGUCAUCAUCCGUCAAUUCUCGGAUAUUUAGUUCAUUGUAAAUACAUGUAUGCAUAAUGAGUUAUUAAUAACUUAUUUGCAUCUUAAUCGUGUUAAUGCGAAUUAGACGCUCAGUUUUAUUAGAGCGAAAAUAAUGAAAAGUAUAUCCGCGAGGAGGAAAACGAAGAUCAGUAUUUCGCGAAUGCGCUGCGUCCAGUAUUUCUAGUCGUCUGAAUUGCUUUUGUAGGCAAGAAAAGUAUUGUAGAUGCCAGAAUCGUCUGUCCGAUCUUGUCAAUUUUAACGUAAAAAUAUUUUAUGCACUAUUUUUGCGGUCUCAAGGUAUGCAUAAUGUUAAAUUCGUUCUUGUCUCGCAAUAUUUAAAUAGAAAUGCCGACGGUCGUCCGCGAGACAAGUUUUUAGCAACGAUGGUGUGCGAACGCUCUAUGUCCAAAUGUUUACACUCAUGUUAUGUAUAUUAACUUCAAUAUUGUGUGAACGUAUUAUAUGUAUGGACGGGAUUUUUGGAGAGCAAAGUUGAAUCGCGUUACGUCAUCGCGUGCAUUCUUUAUUCUUCUCGUCUUUCUUUUUCGAAAAGUGUAGUAAAAACAGCACACGUCUUAAAUUUAUUUUUCAACGCACUCUCCAAUCUGUUUUUAUACAAUAGUUGAAGUUAAUAUUGAAAUUUCUAUGCAUAUUACGUUUAUAAAUCAAAUAAUUUAAAUAUAAUAAAAAGAAAUAUGUAA